CUCUGUAGCUUCCAUUUAUGAAAACAAAAAUAUAGCAGUCUCCCAUUACAACAUGCAGGCAGCUAAUCUGCACUAUGCUAGGCUCUAGGAAACCGUUUUUCAGUAUUUUGCCAAGCGAAUCUCAGCCUCUUGUUGAGACAUCUUCUAUCUAGGUUGAGUGGAGUUAUUUUUACCUUAAGUCUGCUCCUCUUGUCAAACUUUUAAGAUUAAUGGGCUUCUUUUGUAUAAACACGCCGUUUGCCAUAUUGUAUAUGUGCUCUUAACAACAACCAAAUUUUACUGGAUUACAUCAUCAGGGUCCAGGCAGAAUCUCUGCAUGCAAAUCUCCAUUGUUUGACAUGAAGGCCCUCACAUAACCUCCCACUCGAAACAACGAGGUGAGACAGUUGGCAACCGAACACUUUUUUUUCUUCUCGAAAAUAAUACCCCCCUGCUAACACAAACCAAUAUCUUUUGGUAUUUUUGACUAUUUGUUGAAAAUAAUGCUUUCUUUAGCCACCAGGCCCCGGCUUUCCAUUGGUUGAAUCGUGUCAUGUGACCAGGAAUUGGCUGCAAUUUCGCCCAUAGUCUUCAGUUUAGUAGACCAAGGUCCCCAUACGCUAGUAAUAUCACCAAUAUACACAAUUAUUAAAGCCCGCAAAUACGGGAUAGCGGGGAGCUAAUAAUCACGCGUUUUUAUUUUUAUUUUACUCGUUUUGAUCUCGCCGUCCGUCUGUGGACCAGGAUAAGCUAUGAAUUUUGAAUUUGAGAGGGAGAUUGGGUUCAUAAACAGCCAGCCUUCCCUUGCAGAGUGCCUGACGUCUUUUCCCGCUGUCCUGGAGUCAUUUCAAACUUCAUCAAUCAAGGACUCGACAGUAAUUCCUCCUCCUUUCGAGCACACCAUCCCCAGCCUGAGUCCCUGCACAAGCAGCCAGGCGCGACCGAGGAACCAAAAGCGAACCUCCAAUGGCCUCCAGCUUCGGACGCCACAGCCGCAACAGGGCCCAGCCCCGCCGGCGAGCGCGGCUGGCCCGCUGGCACACGAGUUCCCCUGGAUGAAAGAGAAGAAAUCCUCGAAAAAGGGACCCAAAUCUGGGAAUGCCACGGUAGCCUCCUCUUCUCCCUCUCCUGCAUCCUCCGGGUACGCCACUGCAGGACUUGAAUCACCGACAGAGGCGCAGGGUGGAUUGGACAGCGGAAGCGGAUCCCGGAGGCUGAGGACUGCCUACACCAACACGCAGCUACUGGAGCUGGAGAAGGAGUUCCACUUCAACAAAUAUCUCUGUCGGCCCCGACGUGUGGAGAUAGCUGCCCUUCUGGAUCUAACCGAGAGACAGGUCAAAGUGUGGUUCCAGAACCGGAGGAUGAAGCACAAGCGGCAAACGACACACCACAGGGAAGGCCAAGAGGGCGAUCCCGGCGGGUUCGAGCCCCUGGAAGGUGCCGAUGCUUCCUCGCCUUACUCGAGCCAGCCACUGGAAGCCUCGGGCUCGGCUGCGUCCGAGGAAGAGACGUGUAACUCGGCAGCCUCCUACACGAACAGCAGUGACAAUAACCAGCCCACGCCUGAGGAGGGCCAGCUGAGCUGCCAGGAGCCCGCAUCAGUCUCUGACACAACAGUGCGGUCGACUCCGUUCCCAACGCCCACUGCAGAUAACCCCGCAACAAUGGGCAACGGUGGCGCAUCUGGCCCGGAUCAUUCUUUUUCAGAGCAGCAGGACGCCUCCUCCCUGCCCGAUUUGAAUUUCUUUUCUGCUGAUUCCUGCCUCCAGAUUUCUGACGCUUUAUCGCCCAGCUUGCAGAGCUCACUCGACAGCCCGGUAGAUUUCUCCGAGGCAGACUUUGACUUAUUUACAAGCACACUUUGUACAAUAGAUUUACAACAUUUACAGUUCUAACAACAAGAAUAGUGCAGAGCAAUCGAAUUAAGGAGAAUGUCCCACCGUCUUACAAUGGUAUGAAUGCUUCUCCGCAACAGUCCUGAAACACACUUAUGAAAAAGAUUCCUGGGUUUAUUUUGAAGAUAACAUAGAACCUGAGAUAGCAAAGGAGCUAUUAUGUUCUUUCCUGGCAUUAUAAUUUUGGUUUACUCCAUCGAAAUCACAUACGGAUUUCCCCUUGUUCAAAUUUCAGGUAUUUAUUGCCUUCUUGUUUUCUGACAGUAUUAAUUGGCAGUUAUAGUAAUAGACUAUACUGUCUCCUUAAUGUUUCAAAACUGUUCAGUGCAGCUCAAUCUUUUAAUUCUCAGGAAAUGUAGGCCUAUCAGAUAUAUAAGCCUAAAGGAUAGUUGAACUGCUUUUAGAAAUUCUCUCGAGACGGGCGUUGAACCUGUUGAUGAGGUUUAGAACUAGUUUAUUUAUUGAGAUUCUUUAAUAGUACAUUUCAAAUUAUUUAUUGUACAUUAUUUUCAUAGUUGAAAUAAAAACAAACUU